UGCUCUGCUGUCCCACGGGAUCCACGUGGAUGUAAGCUCAGGAGUGGGGGACGAGCAUUCUGGAGACACAUCUGCACCUCGGAACCCAGCAGAGCCGGGGGACGCUUCACGUGCAGGACUGCAGGGCCACACCGGGAAAGCUGGAGGGAAAAGCAGGUUGCUGACCUGGUUGCAGAUAAACUAAACCGUGGAGCAUUUCCAAGGUGCUUGCGGCAUUCAAAACCAGAAGCUGACAUCCAAAUCCAAGGUCACUGGUAAAACUGGUAAGGGUUACACAUUGCAAAGGAUCCCAAACAGUCCCAGGUUUUGUUUCCCUUUUCCACGCAGCAGCACACAAUGGAGCCUUUUUAUCUCUACGACCUCGGGUUCCUAACAGAAAACAAAGCUAUUCAAAAAAUCCUCUGCCCCAUGGCUGUGCAGCUCUGCCAUCUGAUCCUCGCCUUGGAAUGGGAAGAUGGGAUUUGUCAGACCUUUCCCAAUUUAGGGGAGAAGGCAGAAAAAUUAGCCAAAGCCACAGAAGGAUUCGCUUGGGUUGCAAGACGAUCCUUCAGAUCGAAGAUGCUGCCGGGGCAAGGAGGAUCAUUCAGGCUGCCAGCUGGCUUCUGGAGUGCCUCAGCGUGCUGCGGGAUGCAGGGGACAUGCCAGGACUGCUGGCUGCUUUCCGGGCCUUUUCCGAGGCCUUGCUUCUGCUGAGCAAUCUGACAGCAAAGCGCCUCGAGGAACUCAGCGAUUGUCCUCGACAGAAGAGCUUGGCCCAAACUUUGCAGCUCCUUCAGAAGUGCAUUCCUUUGCUCCAUGCAGCCAAGCACAGCGAUCUUAAACGCUCCUGGGAUCAGCAAGUCAACCUCUCCAAAGACCACGCUUUCCAGCUGACAGAGAGGACGAUCAAAGAGCUCAUUUCCCUGCUCGUUGACAACACAGGCAGCAAGGAGCCACAGGACAGAAAUGGGACCUUCUCCCAGCACGUGAGCAAGCUGCUGUCUCUCCUCUCUCGCCCAGACCCAGUGCACCUCUCCAGCAGCGAGUUCAGUGCUCACGUGGAAGCGGUUAUUUUCUACUCCAUGCUCCUAGCAGACUCGUCCAGGCCAGAUCUCAAGCUGGACCUGGUAAAACACUGCUGGGUUUUGCUACGGCUGAGGAAAACCAUCUGCAGCCACAUAAGCCAGCAGGAGCGACAGCCAGAGCAAAGCUGGGCAGAAAGCAGCCUGGUGGAGGAAUGUCACACCAUGGGAGAGGAGGUGGAGACUCUCGACCAGGCAGUGCUCACAGCUACUCUGUGCCAAAUCCUCGACACCUUCUUGGAGGGUAAGGAGCCCCUGAGGCAGUUAGUUGAAGAUGCCCUCAGCCUUGCUGGUACAGGGUGUUUUCCAGCAGGACAAGGAGGAUUUUUAAAGCAGCUUCAGCCCCUCACUGCCACCUUCUUCACACACGCCCAGCAGAUGCUCAGAGUGGCAGACUUUGUUCUGGCCAGGUGCACCAAACCCCAAACCGCUAGAGAAAUCGGAGAGUGGGUAGAGUAUUUGAAGAGACUCCUUGCCAGUCUCCCUCCACUGCUUACAGGAAUGAGCGGAAAUACAGCCCAGAUGAGCACUGCUGAGCAACUGCGCUCCUUGUACCACACAUGGGCUGGAACCACAGAAAGCCUCUUGCGGUGUUUUGAGGAGACGGUCAGCAUGUGUGAAUUCCUUAAGCUGUCUGUCCGGGAAAUGGCCAAGCACAGGGAAUGGUGUGAAAAGGCCCUGGAAAGUCAGGACCCUGGGAGGCUCUCUUGGCAUGCAACUCACCUCACCAGCUGGGCCCGGUGGGUGGUUGAAGCUACCACCAGGUUCGUGGACAGAGCCACAGACCCCAUUUUCAGGAACGGCUUGCUGGUGUGGGUUGAACAACUGGCCAACUCCAUCCUCGAGCUGAAAGCGGUCACAGCUCUUUGCCCAGAGAGACUCUCCUGCCUCCAAACUAGCGAUGUCUUUUCAAAGGCAGCGAGCUGCCUGAUGGAUGCUGCUCACCACGUCCAAGAUGGGCUGGAUGGGUCCAACCACCCCGAUAUCCUCAGCCCGCUCCGGGAACAAGUGCGAAGCACUGACCUUGCAAAGGGGCUGGAACUCAGCCCGUCACAUGUUGGGCUAAAAACCACUACGGAUGAGGCUGCGUCGCAAGAAGGUAUGUUACGUCGUCCGUCUUCAGCAGCAGGUAACUUACACCCGGAUGUGGUUCCAAGGAAAGGAGACACACACCCUGUCAUUACGGCUCUCCUAGCAGCGACGAGAGCUCACGAUAUGGAUGCUGUCAACACUGCUUGCUCCGCCUUGCUUGAACUCUCCAAUGGCUGUAUCGACGCCGCGAAGGAAGCGCUGCCCAUUGCUGAGUCUCCCCAGAUGGAGAUGCUGGGGCAGUACCAGAACAUUGUAUUACUGACGCCAUAUGUCAUUAGCCUGGCCAGGGAAACAGCCCCAGCACAGCUUUGUCAUCCAAGCAGACUUCUCCAAAUGGCAUUCACGCUCUCAGAAAGGAUCUGUGAGACCAAAGAGUGCCUGGCAGCUGUGGCAGGCUCUUGGUAUAGUCUGUCUCAGCAAGUAUUCGGCUUUAUCUUGUCUGCUGACUUUCUGAGAGGCAAACAGGCUUUGGAUGAGACCAUGAUGGGUUUAGCAGGAGCAGUUCGGCUAGCAGGAGACAUUGCAAGCAUCGCCUGUAGUGAGGGAAAUCCCAUUUCCCCCAGUGUCUGGGAGAGCUUUCUACAGGUCCAAGCCAAGUUUUCACGUGCUCAGAUGAACACCAAAGUGUUACUCGAGAAAGCAGCAUCCUUCGAGGGCUCCUGCAGGGUGGGAAAGGCCAGUCUGGAGCUGCACUGUGUCCAGUGGGCUGUCGGCAUGCAGGUCCUGCUGGGUGCUGUGGAUCAGUUCAUAGGCAGGGAUGUCCUCUUCCUGAGGGAGCUGAGGAGCGCUGUGAAGAACAAGCUUUGCUCACGGAGCCUCUUGGCUGCUGUGUCUGAGAACUCCCUGAGGCUGCAGGAGGCUGCCUGGCUCUCUUAUUUGUCCUGCCCUGAAGACCAUGAUCGCAGUGAAAUCCUAGCGCUCAGGGAAGAGAUAAAGGUGCUAAUGGAAGCGCUGCUGGAUGCCUCCAAUACCCUCUCAGUCUCCCUGCUGUCUACUGCCAGCUUGUACAUUCGCUUUGAACUCCUGCAGAGAGACUUGGCCCUCAGGGCCAAGGCAUUAUUGCUCCGCCUGGAGAAGGUCAAUACCAAACACCUGCGGGUCAUCCGAGAUGUUGUUGGACUAGCCCUGUUCCCCAUCCCUCAAGAGGACAGGAAGAGGAGUAAACAGGCCUUUGAAGAUAAGGCAAGUCGGCUAAUGGCUAACGUCCAGUGGGUCAAAACCAUCCUCCAAGAUGUUCUGGAGGCCAGCGCUCCACUGCAGUCUCAGGCAAACCUGCUCUCCAUCGCAGACCACCUCCUGGUCCUCACGUCUGACGCAGUGGGCAGUGCCAGGCAGCUCUUCCAGAGCCGUCAGGACAAAGGGCUUCUCCGCCUAGACAGUAUUGUCUGGUACUGGUCAGCAAAGGCACACUACCUCAUCACGCAGCUUCAGGCUGUUCAGGGCAUCAGUGGACAUGUUCUGCACCUCAUCACACAACGUUUGCAGAACGCGGGGGACCCGUGCUCUCCCAGCACAGCCAAGCUCUUCCCAGCCCCAGAGCUUGAUGCUCGGAGCCACAGCAAGUCAGCAGAAACUUGCCCGAGCAGGAGCAGACGAGGACGUGGAGCUGCCAGGGAGGCCCAUGAAAUGCACCACAAUGGUCCUCCCAGCAUCUCCCUUGCCAGUGGCCCUGCAAAGCAGGAGAGAGAAUACAGUGACACAUGGCAGGGUGGCCCCAGAAACCUGUCCCAGGUCACCAAGGACAUGGCAACAAGGAUGCUUCACAUGACUCAGUUCCUAAGGAAGAAGGGCCCCAUCAUGAGCAACGACCAACUUGUCGCCUGUGCAAGGCAAAUUGCUUCCGACGGGCAGGUGUUUGUUAAAUUCGGCCACAUCCUUGCGAAGCACUGCCUCGACAAGAGAUGCUCCGCAGAGCUGCUGUGCGCCGCGGAGCAGACCCACACCAUCAGCAGCCAGCUCAGCAUCGUGGCCAGGGUAAAAGCGGUCACUGCAGAGAGCAAGUCCUCUUCUGAGCUGCUCGUGAGCAACGCGCAGAACCUCAUCCAAGCAGUUUGGCAUGUUCUGAAGGCAGCCGAGGCAGCGUGUAUCAAAGGUUUGCAACAGCCCCCGCCUGACACAGAAGAAGGAGAAAUAGCUGCUUUCUGCAUGCAGUGGAGGAAAAACCUGUUGUGGCAUAGAGCCAAGGAGUCUUUAAACUCGGACAGGGAUGAAUUAGGGCUCCGCAAGACUCAGGCAAGGGCUGAACCCACCCUGACAGCUAUGGUGCAAGAACAAUCACCUCCAACCAAGAAUACCCCCCAGGCAUCCAAAACCUACUAAAGGACAUACAAUUAUGGACAGCCACCUGUGAAAACAAGGAGGGACUUCUGCUGGAGAGGAACCGCAUCUCUAACUGGCCUCAGCACAAAGAACUCAGCCCAUGCUGCACUCCUCCCAGCUCGCAUCCCUCUGCCAGAGCUGCUCUUGCAGGACGACUGAGAGUGCAAGGCCUGAAAAGGCUUUUGUGUGCUGGCCGCUCCUCCUGGGGCAAAUUCCACCCUGCAGAGACACUGCUCCCCGUUGGUGACUGAAAAAGACAUGAAGAAAAUGAUGUCACACUACUGCACUUCCUAAAAGGCCUCUCCUCCAGCCGGCAUCUGAAGUCAAGUACUAAGGUGCAGUACCAAGCCACAGAGGACACAGGAGGUGGGGAAGAGCCUUAAGAUCCCAUUAAAGGGAAAACAGAGGGUGCCCUGUUCAGGAGAGUAUCAUUCGCUGAUUUGUGUUACCUGGCACUGGAGUCACUCUGAAGCCCUUGCUCUUCAAUCAGUGGCCACCAAGUAGGGCUACAAUUCUUUAUAUUCACGUGCUGCAUUCCCUUGUCUAGCUGUGAGCCAGCUCUGGCUCUUACAGCGUCAGUCAGCUCACCUCCUGCACAAGAAAGCCUCAGAGCUGGGAGGUCCUUCUCAGGCCCCGAUCUUUGGCACACUAUCAAACUCUUUAGUGACCAUCACCUUUUUAGCAACUGUCACCUUUCCUUCUAGAGGCACCAAUCCUAAAUACUGCACAGGAAGGGCAGCCAGAGAUAUAUAAUCCUGCAGAAGAGCCAGUGCAGAGGGUGGAGCUCAUAUGCAAAGUAUGAGCUCAGAGGAUAACAUCAAAAAGGCACUACAAAAGCUGGAGAAAAGAACUGAAGGAGAAGGAAGACUAAGGAACAGGAUAACUGACUUUUGAAAAGCAAAACAGGAGGGUAAUUAAGUAUUCUCUGCUUUACAGGAAUACACUUAGUUUGCAAUAUGAAGGAUUCAUAUUAGAUAUUUUUCAUCAGAGUGGAAAAAUAUUAAAACAGGCUACCCAGGGAGGCUGGAAAUCUCCCUAUUUUUAUCACGGGGCAGCAAGCACCAGGUGGUGGUCUUGCAAUGCUCAGUCUUUCUGAAGCACAGAGAACAGACAAGAUCAGAGAAAAACAUUUCACUCUUGCACAUCUCCAGGGCUAGCAGGAGUGGGAAGCAUUUUGUCUCACCUGCUGCUCCCGACUCAGCAGAUCCUGCAGAGAAAUGAGACUUUCCUCCCCAAAUCCCUCUCAGCCCCAGGACUCUCUUUUACCCAGGGUAAAACAUUCAAUGCUGAUGAUCACCCACCUCAUAGCUACAGGCUUCCAGAGUAUCCAGGACCAUCGCUACCGACGGCUCCUGUUACUGCUCUCCACAUCCAUCCUUCACAGCCUCAGGGGUGUGAGCUGCAAGUGUCCAAGGGAAACGCUGCUCCAUGCCACCACACUGCACUUGUGGAAGAGACGGGAGCGAGCCUCCCCUGAGAAAGACACAAUCAAUCCACGUAGCAGAUCAGGCUUAAGUUGCUUGGUGGCUGCAGCCCAUUCCAGCCCACCUGUGAGGCAGGACUGUCCCCACCCACCCCCUCUGACACCCCCAGCACCUUCCCUGUAUCAGGUAGUUUAGUACUUGCACUGUAGCAAUUAAUCUCCUCCAGGUUUCAAGAGCAAGUGGUAGCGGUGGGCACACCAGAGACUCCACAAAGAAAUCUGCAACAAAUAAAGCAGCGAGGGCGGGUGGGUGGAGGAGCCAAGCAGCAGCCCCCAGACCCUUGCCCCCUGGCCGGGGCAGCCCACAGGGACCUGCCGGCUGGAUCUGGGAGAAAGGAGGGAAGGAAAGAGACAGUUACACGUGAAGACAACAGGCUGCAACGACUAGCUGGCCCCUUUCAGACUGCAUUUCCUCCUUACUUUGUACACGUUCUUUUCCAAAAUCAAGACCUGUAUUGUAUUAAAGAUACUGACAUGGCAGUGGAUCUCCAAGGCUAGAAGCCAGCACUCUGCAUCCCUCUACCAAAACACACCCUGCAAACCACUUGAGAUCCUUUGCUUAUCUCAAUUGUAACACACAUCAUUUUGCUCUUGGUAUCAAAGCUUUUCCUUCGACUCUUUAGUUUUCCAGUACUUUCAAAAAAACACAGAGAAUCCAAAGAAGCAAUGAUAUCAUCACCACCCUACGAGUUGUAACUCCGGGUUAGAGCUGCGCAUCCUCCACAUCUAAAUGUGAAACCACGCAUUUGGCUUCAAUACUGUCACUUUUUCUCUUUGUUCCGCUAUCAAUCCGUGGGCUAUUUCCAAACUACUUCUACUUUCCCUGCUGUCCAAUUCUGCUGGCUCAUUUUUUAAAUGAAAUUCCUGAACAGCCAAACUUGUCACAAUAUAAUAAGAAGGAAUCAGGUAGGACUAACAGAUUGCUCUAAAAUAACAACUAAGUUUAAUGUCUGUUACCUAGUUUUCAAUUAUUUUGAGCGAGCACUAUUCAAAAUAUAAAAUUAAUACAAUUUACACUCUGGGAAAUUAGAAAGGCAAACUGAAACCAUUAUUGCCUUCCACGAUGUCUCCUCUGCCAUGUUUUGCACACGUAGAAAUCAGCAGCUUCCCUCUGUUCAUCCAAGCUCUGCUCCUCAAUGCAAGACACUUGUAUUCUUGCCUGUUCGUCUCACGAGCACAAGAAACCAAAACCUCAGAAGUUGUGACAAACACUAUUCUGUUCCAUUCGCAAGCACUGCUUGGGCCAACAAACAGAAACAAAGAGGAAAAGAUCCACCAAGGAAGAGACUUAAUGCAAAGAAACAUUCCAAGUGGGCGGGAACCACAUGGCAAUUGAGCAGACGGCAAAUUUUUAUUGUAAAUGCAGCUAGCUAGGUAUGACUACAUUUCCUCUAUAUAAAAAGCAACCUAAAAGGCAAAACAAGAGAGGCUUUGAGGACAGUUGUGCUUUCGGCAUGCAACAUCUUCAGAAAUUAAAGAACAUGCGUGACAUUUCUCAUAGCGAUGCUGAUCAUCGUAGUCAGAGAACAACGGUGACUUUCUCCAAAUCAGCAGUCUGACCUCGGAACCACGCAGCCAGCCAACUCCACCUGCAUUCGGCACCAGGUCAGUUUAAAAACCCACUACCAUCUGACUGUAAAGCAGUGUAGCGACUGCAUGAAAACCAGUUUUAGUCACCUUCAUCCUUCAGACACCCCCACUGCUCUUUCCCCAGCGCUAAACUAGCUGCCAACAUGUCAACAUCACAGUCAUUAACAGACUUUAACUGUACCCUUUUUAAUUUUUUUGUUAAAAAUGUCAUAAAGACACCAUGAAUACAAGUACUGCAGUUACAUCGAUACAAAAAAAGCAAUACAAAUUAAGCAGCUGAAUACAAAAAUACAUUGAAAUACAUGAACACCACAAUGUAACUUAUAGCACUAAUCAGAAUUGUGUAUGCGUGAAAAAAUUAAAUAAAAACCUUUUUUGUAUUGGACAACUUAGGUAUUCUCCACUUUUAACAGUAACUUUCUUCUAGUUAUGUACUUCACAAUUUCUUCUAUAUACAGCAUAGAAUAAAAUACUUUUAAAAGAUAUGACAUUUUUAAUCCUCAAUAUGCGAUAUAGGUCUCUUUUACACUAAGAAUAUUGACUGCAUGAAUAAAAACUGUCAAUGUCUUACAACAACUGAUCUGAAAA